AUGCUAGUACGUUUGCGUAGUAAAGCCGCCGGCCUUGGCCUAUCUACAGUCCGAGGUCAUCAUGCCACCGCCUCAAUUGCUACGGAAGAGCCAGCAGGCCCGAAGAUGCUCACCACAUGCCCUGGCCCGAAAACCAAUGCUCAAAAGAAGUUGAUGGAGAAGCAUUCGAGCAUCGUUUCGAUCCGCUGCUUCGUCGACUUCGAAAAGUCGUUUGGAAACUAUCUGGUGGACGCUGAUGGGAACACAAUGUUGGACAUUUUUACAAUGAUUUCAUCCCUCCCUCUUGGUUACAACCACCCCGCACUGGUAGCCGCGACUCAGAGACCAGACUUUAUCACAGCUGCCGUCUCUCGCCCGGCCCUCGGUUCCUACCCCCGCAUCGACUGGCAUCGUCAUUUGGAUGGUGCCCUCACAUCAAUUGCUCCGAAAGGGCUUACGGCAAACCAAACGAUGCUCUGCGGCUCGUCAUCAAACGAGAAUGCUAUUAAGACAGCUUUUAUUUGGUACCAGACGCAAAAGCGAGGCGGUGCUCCCCCAGAUGAGGAGCACAACAAGAGCUGCAUGCUACAGGUUUUGCCCGGAUCACCGAAGCUCAGUGUGAUGGGAUUCCAUGGAGGUCUGCAUGGUAGGACGUUGGCGCUGUUAUCUGUUACGCACUCGAAACCGAUUCAUAAGGUUGACAUGCCAGUACUUGACUACCCGAUCGGCAACUAUCCACGCUACAAAUACCCGUUGGCUGAGAAUAAGGAAUACAAUGCCAAACAAGACCGGGACUGCCUGGCAGACGCUGAGGAGAAGAUCAACAUCUGGAAGAAGAAGGGCAACGACGUCGCCGCCGUCAUCGUGGAGCCCAUCCAGUCAGAAGGAGGUGACCACUACGGAAGUCCUCAGUUUUUCCAGGGCCUCCGCGACUUGACGAAGAAGUACGGCAUCGUCUUCAUUGUUGAUGAGGUCCAAACUGGCGGCGGAACUACCGGAGAAUGGUGGGCACAUAGCCACUGGAACCUCGACUCCCCGCCCGAUAUCGUCAGCUUUUCGAAGAAGCUGAUCACGGGAGGGUACUAUUAUGCUGAGCAUCUCAGGAUUAAAGAGCCUCAACGCAUCUAUAACACGUGGUGCGGCGACCCGACGAAGGUCCUGCUCCUGGAGGCUGCUGUAAAGGUCAUCAAAGAAAACAAGCUGAUCGAGAAGAACCGAGAGGUCGGGAAACUUUUCCAGAAGGAGCUGCUACAACUUCAGAACGAUUUCCCCGAACUCCUCUCCCGAGCUCGUGGACUUUCCACAUUUGCGGCUAUCGAUUUGCCGACAAUGGCACUACGCGACAAGGCUAUCGCCAAGGCUACAAACAACGGACUGCAUUGUGGCGGAUGCGGGGAGCGCUCGCUUCGAUUCCGCCCAUCACUUGUCUACGAGAAGAAGCACCUCGACCUCACUUUCGAGCUGUUGAGGAAAACCCUCAAAGACCUU